AUAUUUUACAAAUUUCGCGGCAAGGAUUAAUAAAGCGUUACGUAAGUUAUGUCUGAAGAAUCUGCAAUGUCAUUACGUUUCGAUGUGCCGUAUAAAAUUAUAUUUAACUGGCUUCAAACACGAGACGUUCUUCGAUGUAUGCAAGUUUGUAAGUCUUGGAAGGUAUUAAAAUGUUAUUUAAAGUUCAUUAUUAAUCAAAUGUAUAUUAUUAUAUUUGUUGUUUUCUCCAUGUAGUAUUUUAAUAGACUAAUAAAUUAUUAUUAUACCGUAGAAUAUUACAAACAAUAUUAUUGUUGCAACUGCAUAUGAUAUACUGUAUGAUAUCAACAAUAAACAUGAUCAAGGGGCAUGUCUGUCCUAUUCUUUGUUCCUUUAAUGCACCUAUCAAUGUUUUCCCCCUGAGGGGGGUUGCGGGCACCCAGGGGAAUUUUGACAUUUUUAAAAUUUUGUUGUCAAAAUCCCCACUGUUGGGCAAGGAACGGCUGUCAAAAUUCCCCACUAUAUUUCCUAAGAUAACAAGGCACACAUAUGUUUUCCAAUGCGAACAUACAGUCUAUACUGGUUUAAACUUGGUAAAAAUUGAGACACUGUGUAUAAAAUACCUUUAUCGACGAAACUUGAUCGUGGUUCUCCGCCAUACUUGUUACCAGGCCUUUAAUGUCAAAACCGCGCAAAUUUUUCAAGAUGGCGGAUGUCAAAAUUUCCCGACUCUGGGAGUUGAUGCAUAGGUCAAAUUCCCCUCCCUGGUGCUUCAUAGUGUGGUCAAAGUCCCCUGGGUUGCCCGCACCCCCCCCCCCCUCAGGGGGAAAACAAUGAUAGGUGCAUAAUACUGGUAUUUAUAUAGCCAAGACACGAGAACCUGCAAAAGUGCCAAUGGUUGAAACUUCCGCUUCAUGAGUGCACAGUCUGUUUUGCAUUUCUUUCUGUAUCAUGUACUGUAGCAGCAGAUUUUGCAACUUUUAUGUGUGAACAUACAGGGAAUGAUAAAAAUGAUUAAUUUGCCAAUUUAUGGUAGCUGCUACAGUAAACAGUACAACAUAAAGUAUAAAAUGACAACAGAUUACAGAAUUGGAAAGGUCUUAUAAUUUGACUAUGGCAAGUAAUGCAAAUUACAUGUUUACUAGGAAUACAUGGAACAACUGCAAGCGGAGGAAUUAUAUAGUACCCUUGUUACAUGUGUGCUAGGGGAUUUAUAUUGUGACUGUUUUAUUAAAUAAUGCUUUACUAAUGGUAACUAGCAUGCAUAGCAGCCGGGGGUUUUUAAUUGUGGGAGGACUUGCACUGCAGGCAGGAAAAUUAGGGUUAAAGUCUUCCCAGAGACCUGGUAAUAUGCUAAAUAAAUGUAAUUAACAUGCACCCCCAUCCCCCCAGGCUUCCACCCCAAUUGGGUGUUGGAACCAUUGGCAAGAAUAUAACUGGAACGCUACCUUCAGAUAAACUGCCUAUAUUUUUCCGAAAGCCAAAAUCUUUGAGUCGACUGAUUGCGCGCUCUUCACACAUGUGAAAAGACUGGAACUGGCCUUCAAGUUUGGCGUCAAAUUUUUGGUUGAAGGCAGCGUUCCAGUUAUAUUCAUUGGAUAUGGAUCAUGUGCCCCCCAGUUUGUUUUAGCGAGCCAGAUUUUCCAGACUAAUAAAUUAUUUUCCAGAUUAAAAUUGUAAUUUUCUAAUGGAAAUGAACACCACCUCCCCAAUCCUAGAAUACAUUAACCCAUUUAGCCAUCUGGGCACAUUUCCACUUAAAGGGUUAACAGCUGGGUGCAUGGGCACUAGUCUGAUUAACCCAUUGAGUGGCAGCACUCUCCCCCUGGCGAGUAAAAUCGUCUGGCGUUAGACAGAGUAAAAUAAUAAAGUGGGCACAUAAUGCCAUCUGGGCGCAUUGUUAAAUAUCCAAUCAAUCCCUUUGAAAUUUAGCAAAAAUUAGUUGAAAUCAUUAAUUUACUGUAUGACCUCAUGUCACUUAAAAAUAUUAUUUUUGAUAAAUAUUUGAAGUGGGCGCAUAAUGCCAUCUGGGCGCAUUGGUUAAAUAUCCAAUCAAUCCCUUUGAAAUUUAGCAAAAAUUAGUUGAAAUCAUUAAUUUACUGUAUGACCUCAUGUCACUUAAAAAUAUUAUUUUUGAUAAAUAUUUGAAGUGGGCGCAUAAUGCCAUCUGGGCGCAUUGGUUAAAUAUCCAAUCAAUCCCUUUGAAAUUUAGCAAAAAUUAGUUGAAAUCAUUAAUUUACUGUAUGACCUCAUGUCACUUAAAAAUAUUAUUUUUGAUAAAUAUUUGAAGUGGGCGCAUAAUGCCAUCUGGGCGCAUUGGUUAAAUAUCCAAUCAAUCCCUUUGAAAUUUAGCAAAAAUUAGUUGAAAUCAUUAAUUUACUGUAUGACCUCAUGUCACUUAAAAAUAUUAUUUUUGAUAAAUAUUUGAAGUGGGCGCAUAAUGCCAUCUGGGCGCAUUGGUUAAAUAUCCAAUCAAUCCCUUUGAAAUUUAGCAAAAAUUAGUUGAAAUCAUUAAUUUACUGUAUGACCUCAUGUCACUUAAAAAUAUUAUUUUUGAUAAAUAUUUGAUUAACUAGCUCAGAAUAUUUUGUCAAUUUUUAGGCUCAGCUAUCGGAUUUACACUUCUGGAAGGAAUUUAUCAAGGAGAGUUUUGAUUUAACUGUCGAAAGUGAUAUUGAGAAAUUAGAAGGUUCAUUAUAUAAGUGGUCACAUCCAGACGUUUGGUAAUCAUUGGCAUUUGGUGUCCUUAAAGUGCCUAUGACACGAAAUUUCACCCCAAAGGUUUAUGGUUGCAUUGUAAACAUCACUUAAAAUGACUUAAUCAUUUCUUUUAUAGAAUUUUGGUAACUUGCUCCAUUUUCAAGAUAUUCAACUUUGUUUCAUAUGCAAAUAUCACCGGUGUGACAUCACAUCACAUAAUGCGUUUUCAGAAAAGUAUAGAUUUCUUGACGAAUACGUAUCUAAAAAACUUAAAGAUUGCCCUUGUAUGUAUUAACUUCAUAACAGCUAAUUAUUAACCCUCUGUAUUUGUUUGUAAAAAUAUUUUAUCAAGGUAAAGUAUUGCGUUUUCAAAAUGUCAUUAUGCGAUGUGAUGUCACACCGGUGAUAUUUGCAUAUGAAACAAAGUUGAAUAUCUUGCAAAGGAAGCAAGUUACCAAAAUUCUAUAAAAGAAAUUAUUAAGUCAUUUUAAGUGAUCUUAGUUUACAAUGCAGUCAUAAACAUUUGGGGUUAAAUUUCGUGUCAUAGGCACUUUAAUAUACAGUAGAUAAGCAUGAUUAAAUCCAUCAACUGAAGGCCUUAAUUGUUGGAAUCAGUCUUCCUGAUGACCUGUGUCCUCUGACUAGAGCAUCCAGGCUGCCUAAUAUCUGUCCUUACCGCCAAAUUCAGUUGUGUGUCAAUGUAUACAAGUUUUCAUUUUAUCCAAGAACUAUAUAUCGUUACCUGGAAUCAUCAAAAGUUCGUAUCGCCGCCACUCCCACAAACGUCAAUGACCACACCUAUACGCAUUUUUGCAUGUUUACAAUUCUAAUUUUAAACAGCCAAUCGACGUUUAAUAAUGUAGUUGUUACCAAGAACCGGAUUGGCUGUUUUGAAUUGUAAACAUGCAAAAAUAUGUAGGUAGGUGCGGUCGUAUACGUUUGUGGGAGUGGCGGCGAUACAAAUUUUUGAUGUGAUGCCACAGUUCGGUGAGAUCCGUAAUAACACCCCCUCCACUUUUCAGUGAACCAGUUUGUAAAUUAGUCAAUUGAUAGAAUGCUUGCGGUAAACUCUUAACUAUCGUCGGUAAAUUUUUUAACAUGAAUAUUGAAUAUAUCGGCCAGCUCCAUGAGUCUAAAGCCGGUUUUCCACUUCGCCCGUGCCGAAACGUACUGGGGAGCAUGCGCAGAUUGAAAAGAGGUUUAUAAAUCCACGUACUUCAUGGUGUAUUCGCGUAUCAAAAUGAAAAAUUUGUCGCAAGUCAACUUUUUGGCGUACUGCGGAAGUUCACGAAAAUUCACGAAAUUUUGAAAUUUAAAAACGUUUUUGAUACUUUUCGGUACGGUACGGUUGAACUGAAAAACCGGCUUAACAAUUGUACAUAUAGAAUCAGGAAUCAGGUUUUAUAAUGUUUAAUUGACUUUAAGCUUAUAACGCGAUAUAACGCGAUAUCGUCAUUUGAAACACCAGCUUUUACAGUUUUGACUUUUAAGCAAGCUACUAUAACAGGAAAUUUAAGGAUCGAUGAAUUUGCGCCAUUACAAACCCAAAUGAAGUGGGUAUCUUUAUGUACUGCCUGCUAAACUUAAAACGUUGUAUGAUAAGUUCAUCAUUUAGUCAGUAAAAUUGGGAUGCUUCACCUUCCCCCACUCACAAAGUCCAAACCACACCACUGUCCAAUAAUACGUGUCACUUUUUAAACCAAUGGAAAUUACGUAUAUGAAAUCCCUGAACGUCCUUGAAUUUGGAAACAAAAAUUCAAGGUUUGAAGUCCUUGAGUUUAUAAAGAAGUGCUUGAAAGUACAGUAUUUAAAUUGUUCUUGCUUUUAUUAGUGGACAUUUUCUGAAAUUGUUUGGCAUUAAGAAUUGGACAUUUUGUAAGUUGAUUUUGUUCAUUUCUUACAAAUUGGGCCAAAGCUGUUUGCAAUUCAUUAAAGUUGCCGUUUCACAGUUUAACGUCACUUUUUGCUGAUUCCUAACACCUUCUUUUCAGCCUUUAGUCCUUGAAUUUCUUGAUACAUGACUUUGAAAGUCCUUGAAACGUCCUUGAAUUAAACUCUUCCUGACCUGGACGAACUCUGGACGUCCACUUUAAUUUAUAAGCACCAGGCCCUUGAUUUAUAAUAGCAGCCAUCCUCGUUCCCAGGGCUUCUCGGCUGCCUGAAGCCCCGGGAACGAGAAUGAAUAGCAGCUUGGUAUAGCUGACCAAGCUAACCUGUAAAAUAUACAGUUAGUAGUUAAUUAUUAUUAUUUGUCAGGAGGCAUGCAUAUCAGCGGAAAUCGCCCUAGUGUUUUGCAGUUUUGGAUCAGAAAAGCUACAAGUUUCGAAUGCUUUUUUUAUGUCGAAUUAUCGGACAAGAAUUUGUCAUCGGACAAGAAUUUGUCCUGUAGUUUUAUAAUUUAUUGAACUAUUGGCAGAAGUACAUUUGAUAGAUCAGUCAUGAAUUAUUUUCCUUUUUCGCCAAGGGCUUGUUAUUUUCGAAACGUUGAUCAGGAGGAUGCUUAUGUAAUCCGUCCUUUUCCUUCAAUGUGGAAAUGUGGUGUAGUCGUUCCAGAUGGUUUAGAUCCAAUGGCUUUCGACACAAAGCGUUUGCAAGGCCUGUGUAGAUCUUUAGAUAUCCUAAUUCACAUGAAAGAAGGUAUAAAGGAAUUUGGACUUGAAUGUGGUAAGGAUCUGUAAUAUAUGGCAUAUAGUAUUAUACAUACAUUAGGGCUCGAAUUUUAUUGCGGCAAUUGCCGUAGAGGGAGAACAAAAUGCCGUGGAUCAUUGCGUUGCAUGUGCAUUACCACUUUGAUACUUGAAUUCAGAUGUUGAUCAAAUCAUGCGUAUAUUACUAUUUUAGACUCAGUUUUCUUCGAAAAAAAACACUAAAGAAAUAUACGUAAACAUGUUUCUAGCUUGUUCAAAAUCCAAAGUAUAACAAUAAUAUUGAAGUUUUAUUACAGUAUAAUUUGCCAAAUUAGCCGUACACAGCUGUUACGAUCUACGACAAUUUUUAACGCCAUUGCCGUCGAUUGAUUUCAGGGAAAUUCGAGGCUUGACAUACGUAUGUUUAAAUUUAUGGCGGGAGUGGAACCGAAGAGAAAAGGGUUGGGUAAACAAAAUUUUGAGUGAGUAAAAGGUUGGGUAAAUGAAAAACAAAACAACUCAGGGGUUGGGUAAUAAAAAUUUAUUGUUAUUUCCAGAAUAUAUGGCUCACUCAAAUGUCGAAGACUAAAAAGCAAUAUGUCAAUACAAUAUGUCAAUCAUUGAAUCGAUCUUCAAUCUUUGCCAGAAACUAUGGGACAGCUGCUGUAAUUUCAUAUAAUUUGAAAGGAAUAGCGCCCCCGUUCCCCCAGUAUCAGGAAAUGGUAUAUUACAACCGAAUGCAUGUGAAAACUAGAUUGUCCCAAUCUGUAUUGUCAAAGAUUGAAUCUUUGACAAUAUAGAUUGGGACAAUCUAGUUUUCACAUGCAUUCGGUUGUAAUAUACCAUUUCCUGAUACAUAUUUUCCACCCUCCCUCCCCCCACCCGUUUCAAUGUUGGCGCCGCGUAUCCAGACAUCAGAUUUUUGUUGGCCCAACAUUGAACUGGGGGAACGGGGGGCGCUAUUCCUUUCAAAUUAUAUGAAAUUACAGCAGCUGUCCCAUAGUUUCUGGCAAAGAUUGUCUUGGUGGUGAUCAAUGGUCUUUGGAAUUUGGUAAUUAAACGUUUUAGUUUUAAGUUUAUACCGCCCAAUAACAUUUAUUCCAGUAUCGAAGCAUAUGUGGGCAAGUUUUGGUAGUUUUACAUACUAUCCAUUUAUUCCGGUGUGUGUGUGUUAUUUUUAACACUUUAUAUACCAAUACAGGUACGUGUGCUACUAGCUAUAAUGCUUAAUAAGCACGUUUAUAUUCACGUCUAAUAUCAUCAUAGCUCUCUUCUUUGUGAAAAAUCCGCGGAAAUUUACUCAAAAGUUACAUGCUGUCUUUGGAAUGAUGCAAAAGACCAUAAUUACAACGAACCUGGAACCGAACUAUUCAGAAAUGAUCGGUUUGUGAGUCGAGUAGGUUUAAAUCUCAUCUCACAACAUAUCAAACUGCGGGAAGGACAAAUAAAUAUGCAUUGUUUUCGCAUUUUACAAACUUAUACUUGAGAACUGGGGCCAUUUCCAAGCUAAAUUUCAUUUGCAGUAUAAGAUUUAUAGCACAGUUCAUAACGCAGCCAGUAGCCAAAUUUCAUACGUCUCAUAUUACACGAAGCUCACCAACGAUUCUCGGUCUAAAACGCUGAUUUGCGUUACUAUAAAUUUUACUUAUCUUACAUUUUAUAUCCUUGCGGGUACAAGAAACCAUUUUCCUUAAUUACAAUCGGUUAACUUUGCAGAUAUCCCUUUUUAAGUUCGUUUUUGAACGAAGCUCACUACAAAACUGUAAAUAAAUCUAUAGAUCUCAUUGGCUAUUUUAUGACAGAAAGUGAGAAUCGUUGCUAGAAAAUCAUUCGUAUCUUAGUUCGUUACGAAAACUUGGAAAAUCGUCCUAUCUUAAUACAAGUAAGUAAUACCAUUACUCUUAAAUUUAACUUAAUUCAACUUGUAGACAUCAUGAAGCUGUGUACGCAGUUAUAUUUUCAUAAUUUCUUCACCUCUUUUAGUCCUCUAGCAAUUUCGUUGCACACGGAUAAUUUUCGUGUAUGCUGUGUUAUACAAUGUUUGCGUAUGCGUGUGUUAGGAAAUAGCUAAAAUCGGGCUGAAACAUCACGUAUAUUUAAAAUCAGAAUUAGAUGCUUGUAGUGCUACAUUUUAGUCACAAUUCAUUGAAUUCCAUGCAUGGUAACAGCAUUGGAACUCUAUUUAAAGAAAAUUGACAACUGAGCCAUCUUGUUAGUAUAACUAAGCGCGUAUAUGUGACAAUGAGAUCAAUAUAGAAACGAAUCUCACCACGAAUCUCACCAUAUUUUCAUGGGCUCACACGUGAUAAAAGCCUUAAUAGGAGACAAUAUGAAACAAAUUCAACCUAGGCAUCUAAAAUACAACAUAUUUUACAAGAUAGGACGAUUUUCCAAGUUUUCGUAACGAACUAAGAUACGAAUGAUUUUCUAGCAACAAUUCUCACUUUCUGUCAUAAAAUAGCCAAUGAGAUAUAGAUUUAUUUACAGUUUUGUAGUGAGCUUCGUUCAAAAACGAACUUAAAAAGGGAUAUCUGCAAAGUUAACCGAUUGUAAUUAAGGAAAAUGGUUUCUUGUACCCGUAAGCAUAUAAAAUGUAAGAUAAGUAAAAUUUAUAGUAACGCAAAUCAGCGUUUUAGACCGAAAAUCGUUGGUGAGCUUCGUGUAAUAUGAGACGUAUGAAAUUUGGCUACUGGCUGCGUUAUGAACUGUGCUAUAAAUCUUAUACUGCAAAUGAAAUUUAGCUUGGAAAUGGCCCCAGUUCUCAAGUAUAAGUUUGUAAAAGGCGAAAACAAUGCAUAUUUAUUUGUCCUUCCCGCAGUUUGAUAUUUUGUGAGAUGAGAUUUAAACCUACUCGACUCACAAACCGAUCAUUUCUGAAUAGUUCGGUUCCAGGUUCGUCGUAAUUAUGGUCUUUUGCAUCAUUCCAAAGACAGCAUGUAACUUUUGAGUAAAUUUCCGCGGAUUUUUCACAAAGAAGAGAGCUAUGAUGAUAUUAGACGUGAAUAUAAACGUGCUUAUUAAGCAUUAUAGCUAGUAGCACACGUACCUGUAUUGGUAUAUAAAGUGUUAAAAAUAACACACACACCCCGGAAUAAAUGGAUAGUAUGCAAAACUACCAAAACUUGCCCACAUAUGCUUCGAUACUGGAAUAAAUGUUAUUGGGCGGUAUAAACUUAAAACUAAAACGUUUAAUUACCAAAUUCCAAAGACCAUUGAUCACCACCAAGACAAUCUUUGCCAGAAACUAUGGGACAGCUGCUGUAAUUUCAUAUAAUUUGAAAGGAAUAGCGCCCCCCCCCCCGUUCCCCCAGUUCAAUGUUGGGCCAACAAAAAUCUGAUGUCUGGAUACGCGGCGCCAACAUUGAAACGGGUGGGGAGAGGGAGGGUGGAAAAUAUGUAUCAGGAAAUGGUAUAUUACAACCGAAUGCAUGUGAAAACUAGAUUGUCCCAAUCUACAGGGUGUAUCAAAAUAAACGCAAUUCAUCUUUUGUGCUUAAUAACUUUCGAAAUACUAUUUCUAGUUAAACGCUUUUAGGCUUACUUCAAAGCCUGUUCUUUUCUCUUUCAAACAAACUAUUAUCCUGGUCUCCAAUGCUAGCAAUAAUUGCACAGGAAAAGAUUUAGUAAAACCUAUCAUUUUUAGUUGCUGUUUAAUUAUGCAAGUUUACUAUAUGUUAUUGUUUAGUCGGCUUAAAUGUUAGAAUUUUCUUCUUUAAACUUUAAUGUUGUCGUCACUACAUCUGGAAAACCACGUAAGAACAAAUUAAAAGUAUUUUAAAAGAGACCAGGUUGUUUGAAAAUCCUAAACGAAUGCUAAAAUCGUCAAAACAUUCUGGUGUCUGAGCCAGAGUGUCAUCGAAUUGCGAUGUAAUGUAAGCAGAAAUUAUAGCAAGUUGAUGUCAGUCAGCUUAGAUGGUCCAAGCCAAAAUUAUGUCGCAUUUGAAGUUUCAAACUGAGUUAAAAAUAGUGGAAGAAAAGCCGUAAUUAUACUUAUUGUUACAAUCCAUUUAAUAAAAUGCAACAUUUUUUUGUUUUAAUGAAAAAUCAGUUAUUUUCAUGAGAACGAUUUGUUAUUCCAUCUCAAUUUUUUUAAUCUCCAAUCGCAAUAACGUAAAUUAUUAUUACCCGCGAACCAAUGAGUCAAAUUUAAGAAACAACCCACUGUUAGAAAGCUGAAUGGCUACGCUUUAAAAUGAAUGUAAACUUUAACGUUUUCGUCUAUUAUUUGUUUAGCAAUUUACAUUUCAGUCGAGGAUUGCGCUUUUUUUGAUACACCCUGUAUAUUGUCAAAGAUUGUUGAUUAUUUUCCGAGUUGUCAGCAGGCAAAUGGUGUCUCCAAAGAAAGCACACGUGCAGACAACAUGAAAAUUGCACAAGCAGUUAUCAAACUCAUGUCAAAGAAGUGGUAAAGGACAUGUGACAACUGAACGGUAUCCUUUUGUAAAGUUUUUGGCCAGGGGUGGGUAUUUACUGUAUAUUUUUAAUUGAUAUUUAAGGUUGGGUAAAAAAAAUAUUUUGACUUUUUAAUGGUUGAAUCGGCAAAAUGCAUAUGAAGAAAAAUAUUUUCUUCGGUGCUUGCACCCCACACACACACACACACACACACUAUAAAUAAUGACCGGUCCCUAUAACUAAUCCGCAUUUUUUGUGUUUAUAGGCAAGGAGUGCAGUGGGAAUGAAGGUAGCAAUACUUUAUCAGUAGUCCUCAUGCCAUGGGAGGGUGACGAAAUCAUACCAGACAAGUUGACCGUCUUCAGCAAGAUAUUUCAAUUUUACCAGGAAAUAUGGGAGGACCAAUUGGACCAAAACGAGCGUUUUGAUAAUAAAUUACCUUUUCACUUGGUUGAUCAUGUUCGUGAAGAGAAUAAAAGAAAAUCACCAUGUUUGAACAAAGUUUUUGGUCGUCCUAGUUCAUAUUACUGGAGUAACUGCACAGAACACGAAUUCAUCUACAAAAGAGAACUGGCUUUCUUUACAUGGCUUCAGAACAUUAUGGUCCCAAGUAGACGUUAUAUUGCCGGAUCUGGUAAGAUGAAUCCUGUCACGGAAUUUUUUAUAACGAAACUUGCUCCGGGCUGGGUUGGCGGAAUACUGACAGGCGAAACGUGGACAUGAUAAUUUACGAUUUUGCCAAAUAAUUAAAUAUUAUAUAACUAUAUCAAUUCUAAUUGUUUAAAAAAAAAAUAUCAGUAGAGCUGUAAGGAAUCCUACACAGAACAAAUCUGAUUGUAUAUGUAUAUGUUGUGGUGGCAUGCAUGUACAGAAUCAUAUAUUGCUUGCUAUAUUUCUAACUUUAGCUUAAGUUUUAUUUGGAAGGCAUUUUUUUUCAAUGUCACGUAGGCCUAAUUGCAAUGAAAAGUGUUCAAAACCUAAAAUCCUUUUGGCGUUCCUCUCAAAAUUACUUUGUUUUAGCUUUAUUCUCUAGUUUAUAGAGUUAGCGACCUUUUUAAGUGCAUCUGCUGAUAGAGAAACAAAAUACUGAUACUAC